AUGUCGCUCCCAACCGACCUGUUACUCGUGACGUUCACGGCAACCCUCUCUUUAUGCUUAUACCUUCUUUUGCAAAGGUACCGAUGGAGCCUUCGACGAACCCCCUCACAUAUUGUGAAGGCCAUUUCUGCCAACAGAGAUGCUGCUGCUUCGUCUUCUCUUUCCGAAGCUGACGCUCAGUCGUCCAAAUUAAAACAAGACGAUAAAUAUCAACAACUCUAUUUCAAACUACACAACAUCGAGGCACACCCUGAAGUGUUGACCGAAGGUCGAGAUGUUUUGCUUUCGUUGCUUUCGGAAGCAAUUACGGUCGCGCAACCAGAGCGCAGACAAGACAUCUUUGCUAUUGAACACUUCACCCGGGAACAGCUCUUCUCUCACACCAACAAAUCCCACGAAAUAAUUGGAGACAAAUACGAGCGAUAUGUUGAGGGCCGAGUAGCCGGUAAUGGGCGAUUGAUGGCCACGGAUCGACAACAGGCCGCCAAGAUUCUCACGGCUCUGGCACCGCUCAAGCUCGUGGAUGGUGCUUGGCUUGGUCAUAUUCACCAAAUCCUCACUCCAUUCGCUCUUCGGCCAAUUACAAAGCAAGCCUGGCAGGUACUUUCGGAAGAGUUGGGAGAUGGCAACCUUGAGCUCAACCAUGUUCAUCUCUUCAACAGGCUUUUGCAGGAUGUUGGUGUCCAUCUACCCGCACCUUACGAGCGAGACUUUAUUGAUCCCCGCCAUGGUAUGGACAGUGAACUUGUUUGGAGAGCUGCUGUAACGCAGCUCCUUGUCUCACUAUAUCCGCAAGAAUUUCUACCCGAAAUCCUGGGCUAUAGUCUGCACUUUGAAGGGCUAAGCAUGGAGACUAUGGUCUUGUCUCGGGAGCUACAAGAACUCAAACUCGAUGCCCAAUACUUUUUGCUGCAUGUGUCUAUUGACAACGCGCACUCUGGUCAUGCCAUGAUGACGGCUCAUACCGUGGCAGAGUACAUGGCUCACAUCACACAGACGGAAACGCCAGCCGUGGCGAGCACGACAUGGCGGCGCAUCCAGGCAGGAUAUGCUCUCUCCGCCUAUCAAGGCGACAGUAUCCAGAAGCAUCUGAUUAGCAACAAGGAUGCCAUGAGCGGCCCAACCCCAGGGCUCUAUGACUCAGACAUUGUACGCAUGUUGGUAGCAAAGGCAGCCGUUGGUCAAAAGAUGCAUAGCGCCUGUCACGCCCGGAUCAAGGGCAAGCCAUUAGCUCAAUGGCUCGACCCAGAGGUUCUCCAGUCAGACGAGCGAGUCGUCCAGGAGUUGGGUAAUGCGUAUCCCUGGAUUAUUAAAGGCCGUCCCCAACACAGCCGACUGAUCCGAGAAAUACGCCGUGGAGGCAAGAUGUUUGGGGCAUUUACUGUUACUGAGACAAAGCUGCUUAAUGACUGGAUUCUUUCGCUCGGGUCCAAUCUACCCGAAGCAGACGCAUAUUGGCAGUUUACCAACAGGCCUUUGGAAAACCAGCAGGAUACCCCAGCGUUAUAUCUCGCCAACCCAUACAAAUGCGACCAGUCUCUGCAACCAGUUUGCCACCCACUGUACAGCUACAUCAAUAUGUGCGAUAGAGUGUUAGACUUGGACUUGUCCCAGGCCGACUGGACUCGGAUUGCUGGUCUAUGGUUUGCUCAGCUGUCACUGUUGGAAGGCUGCGUGGCCAUCCCAUCGCGAGCAGCCACGCCCAUUGGAGCCGCCAUAAUCCGAAUUCUACGGGCACAAUAUAGCCUCAGCUGUGAAGAAGACGGAGUUUCCGGAAUGGACGAGAUCCAUCGAAGCAGCCCGCCUGAUCUGGUAGCCAUUGGCCUCGAGAUUUCGUCUCGCAAGGGCCUGGUGCCUCUUCCCUCCUCGCUAUCAGAAACACUGGCGCGGUGGCCAUGCCCAUCAGCAGAGCAUUUGGUGAAGAUGUCACGGCAUCCUGUGCAAAACUGUGAGAUUCUUCUCGGAAUGACUGGUGCUUUUGUUCACUUGCAGCGGGCGGUUCUACAUGCGCCAAGGUAUCUUUCGGAACAGAGUAGAGCGGCCUUGGAGGAAAUUAUUGACCGUGAAGUACAAGGUCUACGAGCCGCAUGUGAGUUGAUUGAAGACGACGGGAUGGAGCAACGAGCAUUGAGCCGCGGGUAUCAGUUGGCAGAAGAGAUGAUUCAAGAGGCUGUUGCGACGCCCUUGUAAUUGAAACGUGUAGCUAGAACGGCAAAUGCUA